AUGGUUGCACCGAGUUCUCGUGAAGGAGAAGGAUCAAGGCAGCCUCCUGCUAGACAACAACCACAAGUUGAGGAGGAAGAUGAGGAAGAAGAUGAGGAGGGACCCUGCGGUUCAUACUUCAGAUUCCACGGCUCCACCUAUUCUCUAUUCAAAGUGAUAAGCUACUGGAAACAAGAUGCUGCAUACUAUGAAACAUGCAAGAAAGAAGUCGAGAAGGCAGGAUUCAGAGGCCUAUUGGACCUUCAAAUGUCGAAAAUUCCCAAUGUCUUCAAGGACUAA